AUGCCAGUGCCGCCUACCGGCAACUCGAACGGCUCGGUAACCGUGGGCUACUUCCCGAACUGGGCCAUCUACGGGCGCUCGUACAAGCCACACAACAUCCCUUGCUCUUCACUCACCCACCUCCUGUAUUGCUUCGCUGACGUCAAGUCGGACAGCGGCGAGGUCUUCCUGACCGACGCCUGGUCUGACGAGCAGAUCCACUACGAUGGCGAUUCGUGGGAGGAGCCUGGGUCGAAUCUUUACGGCAACCUCAAGGCCAUCUACAAGCUCAAGCAGCACAACAGACAGAUGAAGGUGCUGCUCUCCAUCGGCGGAUGGACUUACUCCCCUCACUUUGCGCCUAUGGCUUGCGACAAGAGCAAGCGGGCACGAUUCGUGGCUUCGGCAGUGGACCUGGUCAAGGACUAUGGCUUCGAUGGACUUGACGUUGACUGGGAGUAUCCACAUGAUAGUAGGCAGGCAGAUGACUACGUAGCCCUUCUCAGGGAGCUCCGCGAGGGGCUCGACGGGCUGCAAGGACACUUGCGGGCGCAGACCCCCUUCGAGUUGACGAUUGCGGCCCCUUGCGGGAUGGAGCAAGCCAAGAAGCUCAAGAUUGGCGAGAUGGAUCGCUACCUCACCUUUUGGAAUCUAAUGGCCUACGACAUGGCUGGCUCCUGGGACAGUCUUGUGGGCCACCAAGCCCCCCUCUUUGGCCCCUCGCCAAACGUCCACGAAGCAGUCGAGCUCUACCUCUCACACGGCGUGGCAGGCGCGCACAAGCUCGUCCUCGGCAUGCCCCUCUACGGUCGCGCCUUCGAGCACACAGAUGGGCCCGGCUGCCCCUACCAAGGUGUGGGCGAGGGAAGUUGGGAGGCCGGCUCGUGGGACUACAAAGCACUGCCCUUGCCGGGAUCACAGGAGCACUUCGAUCCUCAAGCGGUCGCGGCGAGCUGCUAUGAUGCUGACAAGAAGAAGUUUGUCACCUACGAGAGCAUGCAGUCCUCCCUGGCUAAGGUGAGGUACAUGCGCGACAGGGGAAUGAAGGGGGCGAUGUGGUGGGAAUUGAGCGGGGAUAGAGAGGGCGAGGGCAGCAUUGUGGGGAGAGUGGCGCGGGAGAUGGCCCCGCUUGAUGCGACGCCCAACCAUCUCGACUAUCCUACAAGCAAGUGGGAUAAUCUGAGGGAGAAGAGGAUCUGA